CGCCACCCAGUGUGUCACAGGUAAUUAUGUUGGCCCCGAAGGGAACUGUGUCGGAUGCGUUGGAUGUACCUCUUCUACAACAACAACUACAACCACCCCAUCCACAACUACCCGUCCAAAUUUCCCCUGUGUAGACUGUUCAAGUGGUCAACAGUAUUUCCAGCAUCCCACUGACUGCCACAAAUUCAUUCAGUGUGCACCAUACGGACCCCAAGAGAUGCCCUGUGCCCCUGGAACUGUGUGGGACCAGAAUCUGCCUAACUUGUAACCACCAACACUCCACCCAGUGUGUCACAGGUAAUUAUGUUGGCCCCGAAGGGAACUGUGUCGGAUGCGUUGGAUGUACCUCUUCUACAACAACAACUACAACCACCCCAUCCACAACUACCCGUCCAGAUUUCCCCUGUGUAGACUGUUCAAGUGGUCAACAAUAUUUCCAGCAUCCCACUGACUGCCACAAAUUCAUCCAGUGUGCACCAUACGGACCUCAAGAGAUGCCCUGUGCCCCUGGAACUGUGUGGGACCAGAAUCUGCUAACUUGUAACCACCAACACUCCACCCAGUGUGUCACAGGUAAUUAUGUUGGCCCCGAAGGGAACUGUGUCGGAUGCGUUGGAUGUACCUCUUCUACAACAACAACUACAACCACCCCAUCCACAACUACCCGUCCAAAUUUCCCCUGUGUAGACUGUUCAAGUGGUCAACAAUAUUUCCAGCAUCCCACUGACUGCCACAAAUUCAUCCAGUGUGCACCAUACGGACCCCAAGAGAUGCCCUGUGCCCCUGGAACUGUGUGGGACCAGAAUCUGCUAACUUGUAACCACCAACACUCCACCCAGUGUGUCACAGGCAAUUAUGUUGGCCCCGAAGGGAACUGUGUCGGAUGCGUUGGAUGUACCUCUUCUACAACAACAACUACAACCAGCCCAUCCACAACUACCCGUCCAAAUUUCCCCUGUGUAGACUGUUCAAGUGGUCAACAAUAUUUCCAGCAUCCCACUGACUGCCACAAAUUCAUCCAGUGUGCACCAUACGGACCCCAAGAGAUGCCCUGUGCCCCUGGAACUGUGUGGGACCAGAAUCUGCUAACUUGUAACCACCAACACUCCACCCAGUGUGUGACUGGUAAUUAUGUUGACUCAGAUGGGAACUGUGUAGGAUGUGUUGGCUGUACCCCUAUUACAAACACAACUACAACCACAACAACGACCCCAUCCACAACUACCCGUCCAUAUUUCCCCUGUGUAGACUGUUCAAUUGGUCAACAAUAUUUCCAGCAUCCCACUGACUGCCACAAAUUCAUCCAGUGUGCACCAUACGGACCUCAAGAGAUGCCCUGUGCCCCUGGAACUGUGUGGGACCAGAAUCUGCUAACUUGUAACCACCAACACUCCACCCAGUGUGUCACAGGUAAUUAUGUUGACUCAGAUGGGAACUGUGUCGGAUGUGUUGGCUGUACCCCUAUUACAAACACAACUACAACCACAACAACAACCCCUACAACAACUAACCGUCCAAAUUUCCCCUGUAUAGACUGUUCAAGUGGUCAACAGUAUUUCCAGCAUCCCACUGACUGCCACAAAUUCAUUCAGUGUGCACCAUACGGACCCCAAGAGAUGCCCUGUGCCCCUGGAACUGUGUGGGACCAGAAUCUGCUAACUUGUAACCACCAACACUCCACCCAGUGUGUCUGA